AUCAUUUAGUUCCAGCUUAAUAGUCUAGUUUGAAACAGGGAAGUGGUAGCAGUAUCCAUAUGUUACCUUUCCGAAUGAUUCCCGGACGUUCGGUGGUCGCUCUGGCGGCGCUUCUAGGCUUGUUAGCCGUCCAUGUAAAUGCAGGCUCACUUAACUGCACCGCAGUAAUGUUCCUGAGGAGCAACUACGGCGGCGAGACCUUCACAAUUUCCUUAGCACCCCAGGGUCAAACAGGCAAAACUGUGAUUCCAGAUCUCGCUGCUUUACCGAAGCCCGCAACGUAUCGCUCCUGGGACGACUCCAUCAACUCGGCCCUUCUCGAGUGCGUCUGCACCGGUUCAGACUGCUCAAUCGACUACGCGCAGGUGACUUUGCGCCUGUUUGCGGAGCCUUACUGGCGGAAGAACGGUGGGGGGGACAAGAUCGACGUGCGGUGCGCGGGAAUGCCCAACAUGCCCAGUUGCGCGGGGCUUCUUCCGGUCAUGCCAAAGGGCUGGGGAUCCCGAACAAGUGCUGUGGCGCUGCUGUACAACCUGACGAGCUAUGUGCUUCCCGUCAAACUCCCCAGCUCUCCCCCUCCGGCAACGCAGCCCAGCCCCAGCCCCAGUCCCAGCUCCAGCCCAACCCCAACCCCAAGCCCCAGUCCCAGCUCUAGCCCAAGCCCAAGUCAAAGCCCAAGCCCUAGGUCGUCGCCCUCACCGACGCCCUCGCCACGCUCGCUGAAGCCACCGUCCCCUACAAAGCCAGCCACCAGGAGCCCCCCUCCUAGGGCAUAGAUCCCUGCUCCAU